AUGCCUAAUAAGUCGACAAAAUACGUUUGCAGAUAUCGGAUACGCAAGGUGACAGAGAAGGAAAAGGCCGCUCGGGUGACAAACGAAGUCAAAAAACUAAGACACUAUGAAGAGACUCUGUUGGUCAAUUAUCAAGCGUACCUGCAAUUACUUAGUAACGAAGUAAAAGCUGGUACGACCAAUAAACAAAAUGCAAAGGAAACAAGCGCCUUGGUCGCAAUGCAAUGCAUGUGUGAUCUCUUGAUGUCCGUCACACAUUUUAAUUUUCGACUGAAUUUAUUGACUGCAGUUAUAACCAGAAUGAGUACUAGUAAAAUUAAUGAGAUGUUUUCCAUUUGCCAAAAAGCCAUCAUUAAAGUAUUUCAGAACGACGUAUCUGGGGAAGCUAGCCUUGACGCCGUAAGGCUAUUGUCCAAGAUGAUCAAAUCAAGAGAAUAUGCUGUACAUCCCGAAGUUUUAAACACAUUUCUUCAUCUCCGUCUCAAAGACGAGCUUUCUGUUGCAAAAGACGACAAUACUGAUGUAGCUAGAAAUAAAAAAAAGAGGAAAGGUGACAAAGUGCAUUUGUCAAAAAAAAUGAGAAAAAUUGCCAAGGAAAAGAAGCUGAUUGAAAAGGAAAUGAAAGAGGCCGAUGCCGUUGUUGAUAAAGAGGAAAAAGAGAAAAUGCAAACAGAAACCUUGAAGCUGGUUUUUGCAACAUAUUUUCGCAUUCUGAAACGUGCCAACACGUCUCCUUUGCUGCUGCCAGUACUCGAAGGAUUGGCAAAGUUCGCACAUUUGAUAAAUGUAGAUUUCUUCGACGACUUACUUAACGUGCUUCGAAAAAUUGUGACUGAGACAAACGGAGAGGUUACCGAUGACGACGACGAUGUUCCAAUGAGUGAUACCAGGCGUACUCUAUUAUGCAUUAUAACAGCAUUCCAACUACUUUCCGGUCAGGGCGAAGCGUUGAAUAUUGAUCUAAAGGACUUUUACACAAGUUUUUAUGCAGUACUCUUCCCACUUGCAUUAAAUCCGAAUAUAGAAAGUAGAAAUGAUAUGAGUGUCGUAAACUCUCAAAAGAACAAGUCCGCACACACAACGGGGACGGAUACCGAGUUGGAGAUGUUGAGAAAAGGGCUAGAUUUUAUAUUCUUCCGAAGAAGACAGAUACCGCUUGACCGAUCCGCGGCAUUCAUAAAGCGGUUGUCAACAUCUUGCUUAAAUUGGCCUAGCGAGACUGUGCUUUUGUGUCUGAACACAAUACAGAGAUUGAUUCAGAAACAGCAACGUCUAGACGCCUUGUUGGAUUCAGACGACUUGUCGAGCAAUGGAAUAUAUAUGCCCGAGUUGGACGAGCCUGAAUUGUGUAAUCCCUUUGCUACUAAUUUGUGGGAGUUAUGCUUACUCGAGAACCACUAUGAUCCAAAAGUAAGAUCAGCAGCAACGGCGCUAGCUAAUUUCGCCCCCCGAUCCGAAAACGGUUGA